AGUGCCAAAGCAGUUGUAUCGGUAUUUGCAGUUUUUGUGCUCGUUAUGCUGAUCGCGCUAAUUUUGUACCUGCUUCGUCGCUUUCACAUGGUCAGCAACACAACUUCUUCCAUUCAACGACAGCGAAUCAAAAUGAAACAAGCGGACAGACGUGGUUCAGAAAUUGCGCUUGAUACAACUAGUCCCGUAUUCUUGGGCAAUAACCGGCUUAUGGGUAUUAAAAAUAAAGGAUGCCAAAUGACGGUGUUCAAUCCAUAUGAGAAUCUUUUUAUGGAAAUUGAUCCGAAGCUCAAAAUACCUUUAGAUGAAUUGGAAUUUGGUGCGGAAAUUGGAAAAGGUAUUUCAGUCUCCAUUGUUACCUUACAUUAUUGA